AUGGCCAAGCUGACAGCUCUCACUCUCCUCUUCUUCGCCGCGGUGACCGUGGCCAGCGCCUCCGCCUUCAAGGCCGAGCAGUGCGAGUCGGAGGUGGCUAUGAAGAGCUGCAUUAAGUGGGCGAUGAGCGAGCCCUACGGCGGCGCGUUCCUGAGGAGCCGCGUGGCCGCGGAGGAGAAAUACCUGGAGGAGUGCUGCGAGGAGCUGAGGCAGCUGAGCUCGGAUAAUUGCCGGUGCAGCGCAGUGUGGGAGAAGAUGAUGAAACUGCCGUUUCCUAUGAAUCGGAAUUUGUGCACUGUGACGUCCAAGUGCGGAAUGGGCCCCUGCAUCUGCCCCCGUUGA